AUGGCGCUCAAGUCAACUAUCCUGGGCUGGUUGGCGCUUGCGUCAACCAGCCUUGCUCAGCUUCACAUGUCAACAAGGAGUCCUUUACAGAUUCCUCCAUCAUUCUCUGGGAAAGGCGUUACUUUGUAUCCUGGUCUUCAUCCUGACCAUAAUACCGAUAACCUUGAACAUCUGACCCCGAAAGAAUCUAAUCAGCUCUAUUAUAGCCAAGAGGGUCACCGGCCGGCUCUUCAUGGUGCAAAGCAUGGAAGUCUGCAAGCGACUUUCACCCGCCCGACAGUCGUACUGGAUCAUUCCAGCCAUCUUCGAAACAUCAAAUGCAGCAACAGACAUAUUGAGGCCUGCUUUACUCCUCAUGCAUUCGGAAAGGUGGAGAGUGAAUGGCACUACACAGAUUUCAAUUUGGUCACAUACCACGUUGGGUGCGGUGACCAGACAUCAGGAAAACGUUCUUUCUUCAAUGCCAAACUGCCAGUGUUCUACCAGCAGACCUCAUGUGUGAGAAUGGCCGUCGUCCCAAUUGACGAGGGUGACGCAUUGCACUCUGGAGAGAUCAAUUGGGCCACAUACCAGCACCCUGAUCACCGGAAGCGUGUUCCUGUCAAGGGCCAUGUCCGUGCUUCUCCUUCGGGUAGGCAGUUUGACACUGUCUCCGGUAACCCUUACAACCAGUCAUUUGUGAAUAUUACCCGAGGAGAGCCUGUUGAUCUUAACCGCAAUGCUACCGCCUUGAAGAAUUUCUUUGAGAAUCCUCAUAUCGAUACUAGCCACAUGGAUGAGCCAGUGCCUGAAGAUGAAGACCCCGACUUUGUUGACUAUAACGGCACUUUCGUCAAACGAAAUCUGUCUCGGCGACACGCUGUUAAUAUGGAGCGCCGUGGGAUUAAGGAAUUCUUUGCGGGGCUUUGGAAUGGCAUCAAAGAUUUCUUUGGGGGCAUUGCGAACUUCUUUAAAGCUGCCGCCGGAGUCGUCCGCACUGUAGCGACUCUUGUCAUUGAAAAAGCAAUUAUUACUGCCAAGCUGAUUGCUGUUCCUUUUGGAGUUCCAUUCGAUCAUACCUACCACAAUGAUGUGGAGUUUGACUAUUACCUAAAAGCUAAGAGUGGCAACCGCCCGCCAACGAUUUUUGGGUACACAGAGGGUUUUAACCUGGCAGGCUCCGGUGGAAUUUUUAGCCUUCAGUGUGCGAAAUGCGGUAUCCACGGUGACUUUACCGUGGAUGGAAGUCUAGCGUUUAGCAUCCAGGAGGGAAUCACUAAAGGAAAGGUCUCUUUGAUAAACCAUGAUCCUUUUACUAUUGAUGCCCAGUUCGGCAUCACCGUUGAGGCCCAGAUUGACAAGGCUGUGAAAGAGCUUUCAAGACAGCUUGGAGCAGUCCCGCUUAGCCCCUUGACUAUCCCAGGUAUCAUUACUUUGGGACCUCAAGCCUCAAUAAGUGUUGCCUUUGAUCUUGUCCUGAACGGAAAGGCAGACCUUCUUGUUGGGGGCACUCUCACAAUAGACCCUGGGGAGGUGGCAUUGAGUAUUGUCAAUAAGGACGAGAAUAAACUGGAUGGACUGAGCACCAAGUUCUCACCAGUCCUCAAAGCGAGUGGAGCAAUCACUGCUGCAGCGGAGCUGGGAUUACCGAUUGCACUCGAAGUGGGGCUUGACAUUCUGAACGGGAAAUUCAAGAAGACAGUUGGGCUCAUCAACAAGCCAUCUGUCUACGCAUCUGCUACUUACUCUCAUGACGAGGGCCACAAGUGCAAUGACGGUGUUGAACUACGCGCUGGUGUCAAGAACCGCAUCUACAUAGCUGCAUUAGAUAAGUGGGAUUAUGAUGUUCGCACUGACAUUCUAUACGAAAAGGGCAUUUCUUGUGUCACUUCAAAUGGAUUUGAUACCAAUGCAGUGGAGCCGGAUGUAUCCGUUUUCAAUCAAGUCUCUGACAAACUCGGCGGAGAUAGCGUCGGAAACGAUAAGCCCACGAUUACGGAUGUCGCCAGUGGCUUGAAAGAGCCAAACAGCAAGACAGGGUUCCGGAUUAUCAUGGAUGAACAGAAAUCCUCCAUACUGGUCUCCGGUGAAGAUGGGUACAUUUACUUGGUUAACUCAGAGGAAAAUUACGAUGUUAGCGCCCCUUGGGGUACAAUUGAUGUCGAUUCACAGACCGUCAACUUAGACGUGUUCGGGCGCAUCAUGUCUGCCCACCCUGACAAUGGCCCUUGGGGCUACGCGAUGGAGCUUAAAGUCUACGACCCAUCGAAGGUACCAUCCAAUGAGCGAGCAGCUGGUAUGGCCAUUUUGAAAACCGACGAGACAGACUAUCAAACGUACGGUAUUAUCCUCACUAGCAGCAGCAGGCUUGAUCUCUGGUACCCGACAACGGGAACAUUCAACGGCGACAGGGCUUCAGGAAGAGACGAUUGCAAGGUAGCCUUGAUCGUCUUGGGGUUGAUUGGCGGAACUGUCGUUCUGUGCGCUUGA